AUGAUUUCUGACUUUCCACACCUUGUUAAGUGCGUGAGGAAUGCCUUUGUUUCCAAAGGAUUACAGAUCCCACAAGGCCACGUCCAUGUCAGUCCUAUCAAGGAGGCUUGGAAAAAUGAGAGGGAGGCCAUCACACUGAAAGUGAUGCCACAUAUAACACAAGCACAUGUCAAGCCAAAUGCUUUUGAAAAAAUGCGCGUCAACCUGGCAGACCAGCUGUUCAGCGAGGAGGUCCUAAAAGGACUCUUUUUCUACAAGACUGAUCUGCAGGAAAAUUUCCGUAUAGUCAAGCCUACAGAGCACUUUGUAAGGCUUAUGGAGAAGUUGAUUUUCAUCAUGUCGUCGCGAACUCCACUUAAAGGUCUUCGACCAGACUCGAAAAGUGCAGCGUUCUUGGAAGAGUUUAUUCUUUUUUUAAGCGAAUGGGAGAAGCAUGCAGCAAAGCAUGGUGGUGGUUUUCUGCGUGCAGGGACUGCCCUAGGACUUCGUGUAACACUGAAAAGUACGCUGUCUCUUUUGGAUUAUGCCACUUCCAAGCUUCAAUAUAAGUACUUGCUUACUGCGAACCUCAGUCAGGACAAAGUAGAGGAGGUCUUUGGGAUUGUUCAUCAGUCAUUCGGAUGUAAUGAUCAUCCGACUCGAGGACAGUUCUUGAUCAUUAUUAAUAACCUCAGCUUCUACAGCUUAGCGAGACCACCCCGGGGUGGAAAUUCUCAGCCUGAGCUCAUCAGUGCACUCUCGGAGCCGUCUGACGCAUCUACACAAGAAGCUGGUAAAAUGAAAACUCUUGUGGACAGGCUUUUGGAUGAAGGAAAUUUCGCAGAUGCAGCAGAUAUGAUGGACAAGCACAGCUCCUUGCUUCAUCACAAGGACUAUGUAGAAAAGAAGAGUGACAGCCAAUUAAUUUAUUAUGGAGCUGGUUACGUUGUACGCAAGAUCAUGAAGAAAAUAUUGUGUCUCGAGUGUGCAUCAUCACUAUGCAUUCUUCCUGUUCAGGCCACGUCGAAUAGCAACGCUUCACUAACUCAAGCAUUUGAUCAUGGUGGCUUGCUUUAGCCAUCGAAACCACUUGAACGCCUUGUGACAAAACUUGAGAACGCAUUUACUGUUUUUUAGCCACAACCAGCUGCAUGC